AGAACGCUCAACUAGUCUUAGUGAAACAUCUGCGACAUCAGCAAGUUCCUCUGCUGAAUCAACAGAAGGAACAACAUUAGAAAGCUCAACUAGUCUUAGUAAAACUUCAGAACCCACAUUAGCCACAUCUGAAACAUCAGCAACAUCAUCAGGUGUUAGUGGCACAUCAGUGACAAUACCAAACUCAUCGAAAAUGCCAUCAAAUUCCACUUUAAGAUCCACUACAGAUUCUCCAAUGACCAUGUACCCAAUUUUUAAAUUGAACAUUAGCUUUACCACUCCUGAGACAUUUAAUUCUCACUUGUUAAAUCAAUCUUCACCUGCCUUCAAGGAGCGUGAACAUCGGAUCAUAAAUGAGUUUGGACAAGGUUUUACAAACAAAUAUGGCAGCAAAUUCCUUUACAUCAUAGUACAUGGUUGCAGAGCUGGGUCAACAAUUUCAGAUUUUGAAGCAUCAUUCCGUGGAUUUGUGCCCUCUGAUUCUUCAAUUAUUGAUGCCAUAUUAAGUGCAAAUACAAGCUUUGACAUUACAAUUAUAUAUAUAAAUGGCGUGGAAUAUGAAUUAACAACAAUGACCACAACACAGACUGCCGGUUCAACAGACAUAACAGGACCACCAUCAGCUUCUACUUCAGGAGGUUCAACAACUGUCAUAUUGGAAACAAGUACCAGUGAUACAUCAGAACUACCAGUGACUUCUACUUUAGAAUCAACUACAGAUAUUAUACAGAAAACAACAACAGGUGUCACAUCAGAGCCACUAAGGAGUUAUCUGUCAGAAUCAACUACAACUGUCACACUCCAAACAUCAACAGGUGAUACAUCGGAAUCAUUAUCUAGUUCUUCUUCUUUAGAAACAUCUACAGUUGUCAGCCUGGAAACAUCACCUGGUGUUACAUCAGAACUGACAAUGUCUUCAUCUUCAGAAUCAACUAUAGCUGUCAUACUCGAAACAUCAACAGGUGUUACAUCAGAACUAAUAUUAACUUCUUCAGAAACGGCUACAGUUGUCAUACUGGAAACAUCAGCUAGUGUUACAUCAGAGCCACUAUUAAGUUAUCCUUCAGAUUCAACAGUUAUUACACUAGAAACAUCACCCAGUGUCACAUCAGAACUACCAGUGACUUCUCCUUCAGAAUCAACUACAGCUGUCACACUCCAAACAUCAACUGGUCUUACAUCAGAACUACCAUCAACUUCUUCUUUGGAAACAGCUACAGUUGCCACACUGGAAACAUCAGCUAGUGUUACAUCAGAGCCACUGUCUAGUUCUCCUUCUGGAUCAACAGUUAUGACUUUAGAAACAUCACCCAGUGUCACAUUAGAACUGACAAUGUCUUCAUCUUCAGAAUCAACUACAGCUGUCUUACUCGAAACAUCGAUUGGUGUUACAUCGGAACCAAUAUCAACUUCUUCUUUACAAACAGCUACAGUUGUCGUACUGGAAACAUCAGCUAGUCUUACAUCAGAACUACCAGUGGCUUCUCCUUCAGAAUCAACUACAGCUGUCACACUCCAAACAUCAACAGGUGUUACAUCAGAGCCACUAUCAAGUUAUCCUUCAGGGUCAACAGUUAUUACACUAGAAACAUCACCCAGUGUCACAUCAGAACUACCAGUGACUUCUUCAGAAGCAACAGUGACUUCUCCUUCAGAAUCAACUACAGCUGUCACACUCCAAACAUCAACAGGAUACACAUCAGAACUGCCAUCAUCCUCUUCUUUAGAAACAGCUACAGUUGUCACACAGGAAACAUCAGCUACUGUAACAUCAGAGCCACUAUCUAGUUUUUCGUCAGGCUUUACAGUUAUUACACUAGAAACAUCACCCAGUGUCACAUCAGAACUACUAGGGACUUCUCCUUCAGAAUCAACUACAGCUGUCACACUCCAAACAUCAACAGGUGUUACAUCAGAACCACCAUCAACCUCUUCUUCAGAAACAGCUACAGUUGCCACACUGGAAACAUCAGCUAGUGUUACAUCAGAGCCACUAUCAAGUUAUCCUUCAGGGUCAACAGUUAUUACACUAGAAACAUCACCCAGUGUCACAUCAGAACUGACAAUGUCUUCAUCUUCAGAAUCAACUACAGCUGUCUUACUCGAAACAUCAACUGGUGUUACAUCAGAACCAAUAUCAACUUCUUCUUUAGAAACAGCUACAGUUGUCGUACUGGAAACAUCGGCUAGUCUUACAUCAGAACUACCAGUGGCUUCUCCUUCAGAAUCAACUACAGCUGUCACACUUCAAACAUCAACAGGUGUUACAUCAGAACCACUAUCAACUUCUUAUCUAGAAAAAGCUUCAGUUGUCACACUGAAAACAUCAGCUAGUGUUACAUCAGAAAUACCAGUGGCUUCUUCUUCAGAAUCAACUACAGCUGUCACACUCCAAACAUCAACAGAUGUUACAUCAGAACCACCAUCAACCUCUUCUUCAGAAACAGCUACAGUUGCCACACUGGAAACAUCAGCUAGUGUUACAUCAGAGCCACUAUCAAGUUAUCCUUCAGGGUCAACAGUUAUUACACUAGAAACAUCACCCAGUCUCACAUCAGAACUGACAAUGUCUUCAUCUUCAGAAUCAACUACAGCUGUCUUACUCGAAACAUCAACUGGUGUUACAUCAGAACCAAUAUCAACUUCUUCUUUAGAAACAGCUACAGUUGUCGUACUGGAAACAUCGGCUAGUCUUACAUCAGAACUACCAGUGGCUUCUCCUUCAGAAUCAACUACAGCUGUCACACUCCAAACAUCAACAGGUGUUACAUCAGAGCCACUAUCAAGUUAUCCUUCAGUGUCAACAGUUAUUACACUAGAAACAUCACCCAGUGUCACAUCAGAACUGACAAUGUCUUCAUCUUCAGAAUCAACUACAGCUGUCUUACUCGAAACAUCAACUGGUGUUACAUCAGAACCAAUAUCAACUUCUUCUUUAGAAACAGCUACAGUUGUCGUACCGGAAACAUCGGCUAGUCUUACAUCAGAACUACCAGUGGCUUCUCCUUCAGAAUCAACUACAGCUGUCACAGUCCAAACAUCAACAGAUGUUACAUCAGAACCACCAUCAACCUCUUCUUCAGAAACAGCUACAGUUGCCACACUGGAAACAUCAGCUAGUGUUACAUCAGAGCCACUAUCAAGUUAUCCUUCAGGGUCAACAGUUAUUACACUAGAAACAUCACCCAGUGUCACAUCAGAACUGACAAUGUCUUCAUCUUUAGAAUCAACUACAGCUGUCUUACUCGAAACAUCAACUGGUGUUACAUCAGAACCAAUAUCAACUUCUUCUUUAGAAACAGCUACAGUUGUCGUACUGGAAACAUCGGCUAGUCUUACAUCAGAACUACCAGUGGCUUCUCCUUCAGAAUCAACUACAGCUGUCACACUUCAAACAUCAACAGGUGUUACAUCAGAGCCACUAUCAAGUUAUCCUUCAGGGUCAACAGUUAUUACACUAGAAACAUCACCCAGUGUCACAUCAGAACUGACAAUGUCUUCAUCUUCAGAAUCAACUACAGCUGUCUUACUCGAAACAUCCACUGGUGUUACAUCAGAACCAAUAUCAACUUCUUCUUUAGAAACAGCUACAGUUGUCGUACUGGAAACAUCGGCUAGUCUUACAUCAGAACUACCAGUGGCUUCUCCUUCAGAAUCAACUACAGCUGUCACACUCAAACAUCAACAGGUGUUACAUCAGAACCACUGUCAACUUCUUAUCUAG